CUCAGUUGCUGGGCAGCAUUAAGAAGUGAAUCACCAACAUUCUUGCCAGUUCAAAUAACGACGGUGGGCGUGAAGAGCUCAAAUCGCACCCUACUUCUUCCGAAGCUGCAUGACGAAGGAGAAGUGGAUUUUAAUUCAGGAGAAAGGCCUCUCCAACAGGAGGCUGCCGCCGGUGGCCAAAAUGACCGGCGGGCCCCUUCACCCUCGCAGUGCCCUCCACCCACACUUCCGGCGGAGGGGUGGUUCUUCUUCGACUUCUUCCAGAACCCUGGAUACGCUGUCGCCUAUGUCAUUCAGAUCUUCUGCGUCUUCUACAUGUACAUCAUAACAUCAGUGAUUGACACAUUGUUCGUGUCUAUGAUGAUCUACAUUUCGGCCCUCCUUCGCGUGUUGGCCACAGAUCUUUCAACGCUUAGGCAGAAAUCCCGGAAAGAUUUCGACACGCGGAACACGAAGCAACGGGAGUUCAGAUCCGUGCGCUCCGGCGCCGCCGCAGACGAAGAGAAAAUGGAGUUGGCGCUCGUCGGCGCAAUCGAAUUUCACCAGAGAAUUGUUCAUGCUGUUGAUGAAAUGCAAGCUGUGACAUCAGGUCCAGUACUUGUCCAGUUUGUAAUAUCGACGUCAGUCAUGUGUUUGGCACUUUUUGCAACUACAGCCAAUGAAGAAGUGGUCCUCGCCGCUUACGGCAGUAGCUGGUUUGAUGGUUCCCAAGAGUUUAAGAAACGAGUUCUGUUUAUAAUUCUCCGAGCCCAACGAACUUUAGCAUUUCGGGGCGGUGCUUUCUACGAGCUUUCAAGAAACACUUUUUUAUAC